UUCGACGUCAUCAGCCCGAUUCUGGAAGUUUUUGGGGAAGAGGAAGACAUGGUUGCAAGGUUACUGCUGAGAAGCGCCGUCCGGGCUGCUGUGACCCGCAGGGCCUCUCCAGCGGUCGCGCUGACCAGAGGGAUGGCGGCGGGAGGUAUUCCCACUGAUGAGGAGCAGGCAACUGGACUCGAGAAGAAGAUUAUGAAUGCUAUGAAAGCAGGCUCAGAUCCUUUCAACAUGCUGAAGCCCAAGGAGUAUGCUGGGUCAAAGUCGGACCCUCAUCUUGUACCUUCCAUCACCAACAAAAGAAUUGUUGGCUGUGUCUGUGAGGAGGACAACACUGCUGUGGUCUGGUUCUGGCUCCAUGAGGGUGAAGCCCAGCGCUGUCCUUCAUGCGGCUCUCAUUACAAGCUUGUGCCUCAUGAGCUUCCUCACUGAUCCUGCUGCCUCCACCGCAGCGUUGCAUCCCAGAAUUCCAGAGACGUCUUGACCUCAUUCAUGUUUGUCUUAUUGCAAAGAAGUACAGGAGAUGUAACAGUCCUCCUGGUGUGGGACACAUUAUUUUAACAAUUCCUAAAAAAAAAAACAGUUUACUUAAAUUAUUGGAGUAUACUUUUUGAGUUUGGUCCGGUUACACCUAAUAAACAUGCUUACUCUGA